AACGCCACACGCUCUCGCAAGCCCAUCUGCGCCCUGACUGAACCAGAAUUGGCUCAGCCGAUAGAACCCUCGUCGCCUCCUCCGCACCUUUUAUGCUACCAGAGUCCUCAUCGCUUCCCCCAACAGCGACGAUCGAGCAAUCCACCGAGCAGACAACGACGCCUACCCAGCAUGGCCUCCUUCGCGACGACCUUGGAGCAGUCUCUCCGCCACACUCCAGUGCAGAGAAGACAAGCGCAGAGGAGCAGUCUGCUCUCGAUGCAGCGAUCGCAGCUUCGCUGCAGGAAGCCGAACGCGAUGCCGGAAAACGCGACUCUGCCGAGCGCGGACUGAACGCGCGCACAACACCUUCGCCGUCAGCGCGGAAUCGUAUCUUGGAAUAUGAACAGGCUUCUACGCCACCUAUGAAAAAGAGAGAGGGACCAGCAUUUGAGGUCAUAAAGAAACCACGUAGCCCGGGAGACAAGCGGGCUCCUAUUCUGGACUUGCCUAAUGAGGUCUUGACACAUGCCUUGGCCCGUCUGGCACCCAACGAUUUGGCAUCUGUUUCGCUCGUGUCGAAACGCUUCCAUGACUUGGUGACGGGGCCGCAUGCAUGGCGAACUGCUUUUUCGCAUUUCUUUCCAGGUCCCGAUUCUAUCAAUGCACUACUACUCGACGACGAUAACGAUGAUCAAGCUGGCAUCAAGUCGAAGAAGCGCGCAUUCACGCGUCUUACUGCUUUGGCAUCCUGGCGAAGCGAGUACAUCAUGCGAACUCGGCUCCUCAGGUCACUGUCGCGUGGCAAGCCUGUGCAGGCUGCCAGUUCGCAUGCUACACGGAGUCAGACUGUUGCUCCAACUGUCAUGUACAACUCGCAACUCUUCACGACGAUCAAUCAUAUACAUGCCACUUUCGGAUCGACCUCGAACAAGAAAUUGCCACGCUUUGCCCACGGCGCGGAUGAGUUCGGCACCGCUACGAGCAGCGAUCCUACCGCCGCAAAAGUCGACAACUGGGGCUUGUCCGAUCCUCAGAUGUUCCCACAGUUCGCCGACCGCUUUCCCGGUGACGCUCAAUUUGGUCUCGGCCCAGGAGAAGUCGUGGGCGUGCCUAAUUCUAUGGAUGUUAGCCAGCCCUAUGGCAUGGUAGUUGGUGAAGGCUCACCUGGUGGUGCGAAUUAUUACCGGUCCACAGAAGAGAUGCGCGGACGCUUUCUGCUUUCAUCAUCUGCCCUAGUCUCGCACGAUCUCGGCAUUCCGAAGAUCACAUCGAGCAAGGAAGCAGUCACUGCGACAUGGAUUGCCAAGUCUGCCGCCGUACCCAGUCUUACUGAUGGCCUCAUUGGCAUCUUUUCUGGCUCUUCCUUGGGAGUGCUCACCGCCUACAGCUUGGGCGCUUCUAGCAAUGGCAAUAAUCGCGAUCAGAGAUUUGGUCGUGGCGAAAUGACUGCUCGUUGGGUGCUUAGUCCAGGCGUCCCAAUCAUUGCAAUCGCAGUCGACAAUGAGUACAGCCUGAAACGCAUGGCGCAGAAUCGUAUUUGGGCAGUGGUGCUCAAUGCACUCGGCGAAGUCUUCUAUCUCACCAAAUUCCCCAAGCGCCCGCACGUGGACCGAGGGACGCGUCUAGACGAUGAAGCCGUGGAGCGUCUGGCAUGGCAGACUGGUCGUACUGUUUACUGGAAAGCUGUCGAGCCAAGCAGACGUGUCGCCAAGAUUGAUCCAUACGCAGACGCGAGUGUCGAUGGGAGCUACUCGCCACGUUCUUCGUGGAAUGGCAUGUGUCUAAGCUUAGCGCAGAUCACUGCUGAGACGCAAGAGAUCGAAACAUUCCUCUCGCGGAAGCCAAAGGACUUUCAGCAUUCGUGUGUAGGCUGGGACAUGCGUCGCAAGCUCGAGGUGGACUUUGCUGGAGAUGAUGGCAACAAUGCUGGAGAGAACAUCAUCAUUCUUGACUGUGGACGAGAUGACAGCCCUGCCGGUGUGAAACGCUACAGUCGUCGCCGAUUCCAAGACCGGGGUAGUUCGCAGUCUGCCUCCACGCCUCCUCUCACUGCUGCGAGUACUGAAGCUUCGACUCCGCCGUCGUUGUUCGGAGGUUCUGCUUCUCCUGCCACUGUCCCACCCGCAGGCUUCUCAUUCGAGCGCCUGAGUGAAUCUCUGGACCAAGACUUCGAUGGCACGAACACUCCAAGGCCUAUGACCGAGGAAUGGAGGACUACCAGGUACACGCUCAGCGGCUUGAAGAACGUUGAGAUUCUUGCAACUUGCAUUGAUCAGUCAACGUUUGCUAUUCAAACCGCAUCCGAGGAUCCACUGCUGGGCUUUUCGGGCAGAUCCACGGCUUCGUCUCCCUCAUACACGCCUCUGUCGGCUGCGGGUCAGUCUGCCACUGCUGCCGAUGUGCCAGGUCAGCGAGCUCGCCUCUUCGCAGCUGGCACAAAGCUUGGCACUGUCUUACUCCUGGAUAUGCGAGCUCCUGUGUCGCGUUCGGUUGAUAUCAUCAACACGGUUGAGCCUGUCCGCAUUAUUCACACCGACUCACCGGAGAUUUCCUGCUUGGCACUUUCGUCGCUGUGCCUGGUGCAUGGCGGUAACGACGGACUCGUGCAGGCUUGGGAUGUUCUAGCGUCCGAUAUGCAACCCAUACGCACGUUGAAUUCGCGCUUCUCUUCACGCGCUCGUCGCAGACUGCUGCAAGCACAGGCCAGCGCCCAGGGCGUUGGUAUCAAUCUGUUCGCCGCAGGUGCAAUCGCUCUCGAUCCUGACCCCACUGUGCUCCGUGGCAUCGUGUCACUGGGCACUCACUUGCUCUACUGGGCCUACAGUUCGUCUGCAGCGGACCAAUACAAGUCGAACAAGCGUCGACUUCGCAGGUCCGAGCGCGGCAGUAAUGCAGCUGGCGAGCGAUUUUCGGUCGCCACUCGUAGCAAUUUGAAGAACUACAUCGAGCACGAACAGCUGGAGUUGCAUCGUGAAAAAGCGCAGCGGAGCAAAGAAUCUCAGCGCUUCGCUGGUCGCUUCGGCACUGACUUGCUCGGCGGCAGUGAAGAAGAGAUGCUUGCCUAUGCAGCCAUGCUGAGUCAAGAGGCGUACGAACAGGACCACGCUCGCCGGGCGUCCGAUAUCAGUGCUACGCCCAGUGUCACCGCGAGCAGCACUGAUCAGAGUGCUGACUUCACUCCCGCAUACAGUCCAUCGCGCCAGGAGACGCCCAAGACGGAGGAUGAGUUGGAUGCAGAUAUCGCCGAAGCUAUACGCCAAAGCCUGGCAACGUCUCCUUCUGCUGGCUAUGAUAUCCCCAUCAGACACGCUAAGCCGAAGAACAAGCGUCAGCAAUCCACACAGACUUCCCCUCGAUCAUCCCCAGCACUCGCAGGCUCCAGCCAGGCGAACGAGAUGAGCGACCUAGAUUUUGCGAUUCAGCUCAGCUUGGCCGAGGAGCAGAGCAAGCAGGCGGCACUGGAACAAAACGAUCAAUUUCCAAGUCUGCCAGGAGGAGCCGGUAAAGGUAAGGGGAGGAAGCUGUGACAGAGCGUGUACUUUGCCCAGUGGUUUAGGAGGGAAGUGGGGUGGGGUGACGGGUCGGCGGUCGUACUUUGCAGUUCUACUUCGCUUCUUGACUUCUACAUACCGUAGAUAUUACAUUCGAUCAUUUCCGUGUGAUUGAGAUUUGUUCACCA